AGAAGGUUCAGCAGUCCACUGUGGCAACAAUGAUUUUGGAGAUCCGUCUUCUACUGAGAUAAAAAUAAGCAACAUCAUAAUGAUUUUCCUUUUCCUUAUUCCUGUUGUCAAUUCAUGUAUACCUACUCAACAAGUGGAAACGACAACUACGACAACAACGUCCACAACCACAACGACUCCUAUUCCAUGCCCGACAGGAUGGGAAGAAUUCGAACGGCCUAGUGGAACAUGGUGCAUUAAGACGUUUGCUAUUGUUGGGAGUUGGCAAGAUGGACAAAAUGGAUGUGCGACGCAUGGAGCUGUUCUCAGUGGAGUUCAGAAUCAAGCGGAAUUAGAUUUCAUGUGUGAUUCGGCGGUAGAAGGUGCAUUUUGGGUUGGUGGUCAAAGGACGGCCGCGUGUCCUGGGCCAGGAUUGACCGCCACAUGUACCGCGCUGACAUCUUUUGAGUGGACAGACGGCUCGACGACCGGCACCGAUGGAUGGAUUUGGAGGCCGAUAGAACCGAACAACGCAGCGAGCUGUCCCGUUAUUAACGCAUGGACGUAUAAUUUGGCCGAUCAAGUAUGCACAAGAUCCGAUUUUGAUGGGUAUGUGUGCGGGAAGUCUCCUAUGUGAAAAUCGUGUUCACAAUAAUAAUUUGAUAAUGAUUUGCUUGAUGUUACGAACUGUAUAAAUGAACCAUA